AUGAGUCAGGAGGAGCGAGCAGCGCUCGAGCGCUCGCGUAUGAUUGAAAAGAACUUGAAAGAAGAUGGUUUACAAGCCGCGAAAGACAUCAAGCUCCUCCUGUUAGGUGCUGGCGAAUCCGGUAAAUCAACAAUAGUCAAGCAAAUGAAAAUUAUUCAUGAAUCGGGUUUCACAGCUGAAGACUAUAAGCAGUACAAACCGGUUGUUUAUAGUAAUACUGUACAAUCUUUAGUGGCUAUUCUUCGGGCAAUGGGCAAUCUAUCAAUAUCAUUUGGAAGCAUAGACAGAGAGUCAUCUUAG